UAAUGAAAACAUUCACAGUUACAUUAGAUAGGAUUGUUUUUUAAAAAAAAAAUAAAAUGUAUAAGAGAUAUAUAAACUCUUUCUGAAGCAUCUGAUACUGGCCACUUUUGGAAAUGGGAUACUGGACUAGAUGGACCACUUGUCUGAUCCAAUAUGGUAUUCCUGUGUCCUACUUGAGACAUGGGUUACUAUAGCCCUUCCAGAGAAGGUGCAUUGGGAGGCAUCCAUUGAUAACUGUUCAAACCAUUUUUUGAAAAAUUGUGUUUCCCGCCUAAGUGUACUGUCUGGCCCCAUUUCUGAGUCUCACUUGUCAGAAAGCAGGGCAGUAGUCCAAAAAAAUCAAAGAUUUAGCAGAUUAGUAUUUACCUUUCAGUAAAUUGAAGAUGUAUCUAGAGGUCUGGCUAAGCUGAUGCAUGUCAAUACUCUGUGGUAUCAGUUCUCUGGUGUCCCUAUGGGUUUCUGUAGUUUUAAGCUUGUGUUUUAAACUAAAAGUUAAGCAUCUGGGGCCUGAUCCUGCAGCAUCAAACUCAGUAGGACUUUUUCCAUUGACUUCACUGAGCAUAGGAUCAAGCCCUUAACCCUCAUGGCUGCAAACAACACUGUUCAGAUGCCUUACUGAGUAAAUCAAAACAAUAGUUUGGGGAGAUGUCAUUGCACACAUAGCAGAAGUCAUACUGACUCCAAAGAGAGUAAGAUUUGGCUUUAACAGUUUCAUAGCUGAUUGCCUCAGCAGAAACAUUCCAGAUAUUUUGGAACUGAGAGAUUUAGAAAAAUCAUAGCUAUGAUCUGGACUCAUCAGUAUGAGGAUAAGCACCAGGCAUCUCUGAACAUCUCAGAACUGGUCUACACUAGGAAAUUAGGUCAAUAUAAUUAUGCCAUUCCUGCGUGUGAAAAUACCACACUCCUUGGUGAUGCAGUUAAAUUGAUCUAAGCCCCGCAUUAGACAACACUAGGUUGAUGGGCGAAUUCUUCCAUCGACCUAGCAAUCCUCUCUUGGGGAGGUGGAUUACCUACCCGUCAAUGUAGGCAGCAUCUUCACUCAAGUGCUACAGUGCUGCAGCAGCACUGUUGCAGCAUUUUAAGUGUAGACAAGCCCUAAGUCUCUCUAUGCAUCAGUCAGCUGCUAGUCUGUGUGGAUGUGCGAUAGUCAAUCUAAUCCUCCUUUAUAAGGGCAGGAGGUAGGGAAGCCACUAGACUUGUCAAGUUGCUUUGCAUCUGUAACGGCACUGAAAUUCCCUCACAAUCACCACGUCCAAUUAGAGAUAGAGUUGUACAAAAUGUGGAUUUUUGUAGUGUCAGAUUGCUACUUGAAAGAACAAAAUCUCCCAGUGUUAUUUUCUGAACAAAUAACUCUCCUGUAGGAAUCAUAAACUUCUCCUCUGGACCUGAACAAAUAUCUGUUGCCGUUAAUGGAACUCUUUUUUGCCAGAACAAUAACUCCUCUUUAUUUACUGUUCAAUCUGUAUGAAAAACCUGACUGACCUAAUUCUGUUCAAUUUUCUGUACUCUUGAGGACACUAACUGAGUCUCCUGCAAUUAUGCAGUAUUACAGCCUUUUUGUUGUUUCAGGAAGUUUCAAAUCUUGUAUCUCUUUAUCAGACUACGUAUUGCAUCCUAUUGAUGUUGAGACAAAAUAGUAUGUAGAGGAGCAGUGCUUAAAAUACAGAUAUUAAGCACAAAAAAUCAAUGGUAAACUCACCUCCGAGUAUGAUCAUUUCUGUAUCUGGGAUAUUCUAAUGUACUCCAGCCCUUUCAGAGAUGUUGACCCAAAUAUAUCCAUGUGCAAUAUGAUUCCUAAUUUUCCUUUGCAGCACCCAGCUUUUCCACUAUCACUGUUCUAACUGGUAACUUCUUUAAGGAAUGUUCGUGCAGUAGUGCUUUGCACAGAGUGAUUUUGCCAGGGUCACUUUAAUUUCACAUGCCCUCAGUCAGCAUUUGUAUGAUUCUAGUCCAUUUCAUAUAGAAGCAGGUAUUUUGGGGACAGCAUUGUUCUUGUAUAUCCCAAUAGCCCCAGUAGUCUAACAGAUUACUUGUUUUCAGGCCUUCCAAACUGAGACAUCUGCCCUCCUGUUGUAAUGGACAGACUACCAGGGUUGGUUCAAUAUACCACAGAAAUGAAAGUGCAAGAUUAAUGGUCAGUGAACUCUGUGGAUUGUGGAAAUUUACUGUAACGAAAGGUAAAUUUAACACCAGUCCAGUGUUCAAGGCCCUCAAAAUAUCUCACUACUUUCCUAUGUAAUGUUAAAGUUCAGUGAUUGUCUGCCACUCUAAUUUAACACAGGAUAAAUCAGAGGGACUAGUUAAGAUCUCUUAAAGGGAUUUUUUUAAAAAGAAAUCUUCCCUGGUGACAUAUUUAUGAAUGGCAGUUUUAUAGCAUGGUAAUGCAGAAUAUUAUAUUAAUUAUAAUAUAUAUUAUUAUAUUACAUUAAUAGAUUAUUCAUCCUGUAAAUGCACUCUUCAACAGAGAAUUAAUUUAUAUCACCACUGUAGCUAAUUCCUUAUGCAAUACUUUUUUCAUUGUUUCCAUUUUUAAAUAACGUAGACAUAUACAUAGCGUUGCAUAGUACUACUACAAUGAAAGAUUGCCCAGGCAACUAUUAGGUGACCCAAAAAAAAAAAAGGUGGGAGGAGGUUUACUCUGUUUUUUUUUUUUUGUAUUAGCAAAAUAUUGCAAUGUUUAGAUUAUAUACACAUCAGCAGAAUAUUUUUUCCUUAAAAACCUUUCAUCAAAAAAAAUUUUUUUGUUUGUUUUGCUUUGCUUAAAUUUCAUGGAAACUGGGGCCUGCAGAAAAUUGACCUGUCAAUAUGUCCAAUCCUGCUCCCAUUAAAGUCUUUGGUAAAACUUGCACUGACUUUAGUGGCACCAGAAUUGGAGCUAGUGUUUUGCCUUUUUACAUCAGUGUGCCUGUAAAGUAUUAUAUGUGGGGCUGGUUGCACCACCUGCUAUGCAGCUUGCGGUCCAAAAUAUUUAAUGACUGGAUUACUUAGAAUUCAUUCAGAAAUUCUUACUGGUUAUUGAGUAUAAUCCACUUUUAUCUAGUUCCUCUGUUUGCCAGAGGCUGGGAGUGGAUGACAGGGGAUGAAUCACUUGAUGAUUGUCUGUCCUGUCCAUGCCCUCUGAAGCACCUGGCAUUGGCCACUGUCGGAAGACAGGAUACUGGGCUAGAUGGAUCAUUGGUUUGACUCAGGAUGGCUGUUCUUAUGUAUUAUUUUGGAGCGGGGUGAUGUGGAAUAGGAAGGGUGGUGUAUAUGGCUUUAAAAAGCAUAAGUUACAGUUGCCAUUUUAGGUAUAAGCAGUUCUCUGGUUGGUAUGACGUAGCCAAUAUCCUUAACGUUUUGCUUUGUUAACAAAUUCAUUUACCAUGUUGCCAACUAGUCUAUUAAUGCUAUUAUCAAUUUCUUACCUGUGUUAUAUUGUGAUGGAGAGAAGAUGAGUGAUAGUGUAGGUUUGGCUGUGAGUCUGUUUAUCCUUUUCAGGAGGGAGUAGGAUCAGCCUUUUAAUUUAUGUAAUCAGACUUCCCUUAUAAAUCUCCAGAAGUGUGUAUGUCACGUGUAGCAUGGGUAGACUAGAUAAAUUCUCAUCUCCAUGGCUUUGUAAAAAAUGGGGACAGAAAUUCUCUCCUCUGGCUCCUAUUGGUGAUUCACUUGCAUUGCAAUGCAGAUCAUGGCCCAAAAUGUUUAACUGGACCACUUAGAAUUCAUUCAGAAAUUUUCACUGGUUAUUGGUUAUAAUCCAUUUUUAUCUUGUUGUAAGAAUUCCAUGGUUGAAAUUGCACUGAAGUUAGACAGCACUGUAUUGCAAAAGUGCCUAAAAGCCAAAAGGAAUAUUAAACCACACAUACAUAGUGUCAUUAAAAGUAGCAUUUUGGGGUUCAUGUUUGUCUGUCAUUGACUGCCUGAUCAAAUAUGCUGAGUUACAAGUAAAACAAAACAAAACACCAAUUUACAAAGAUUAUAUAACUAUCAGCACUACAAGCUCACUUUGGAAUUUGAAAGUGAAGCUGUGUUCUUUCUAGCUUGUGCACCAUGGUUGGUCUUAAAAGACUUUGCAACUGGAAAUUAAUUUCGUGGGGAAUGAGUGAGCCGGAAUAGAAUCCAGCUUGCACUCUAAUAGCUCUGCAAUACCAACAGUUUGUUUAAAGAAUAAAGAAAGUGAAAACUUAAAUUUUGCCAGUAGAAUAAGUAGGUAGGAUUUUGACCACCAACAAGAAACAGUUCUGCUAAAUAAGAAUGUUGGAUUCUUACACAAUUCUGACUGCAAUCACACUUUAAAGAGAUCUAAAAUAAUACCCAAUCAUUUUAUAACAUUUUUUAUUUGUGCUUAACAAACUGGCCUGCAGACACACAAUGCUUGAAAGCAUAAGUAGAAUAAAUGUGCUGAGUUGCUGUUCCCAUACAACUAAUAGCUAAAAUUAGGAGGAGGAGGGAAGAAAGUCUUCAUUGUUUGGUAUCAAGGGUAUUCCUGCUGAGUAAAUGUAAGUCUGAUUUUCUCUCCAUUUUAGAAGUGCAUGUUAAUUCAGAAUAGAUGGGUAUUAGAAAUUGACUGGGUGUAUGCGAUUUAUUGCUGAUGUUACCAUAUAAUAUUGAUAACUACUGACAGAUCUCUCCUGAUAUCUUUCCCACAUCCUUUAUCAUCUUAGACUUCAGGCUCGAAUUGCUCACAGAAUCCAGGAACUGGAGAAUUUACCUGGCUCUCUGCCUCCUGAUCUGCGAACCAAAGCUACAGUCGAGCUGAAGGCACUUAGAUUACUGAAUUUUCAGCGCCAGGUAAUACCUUUUGCUGCAGGGACAUUUUUGCAGUGAUCACAAUCGAAAGUGAUCUUUCUUCAGCACAGGAUGUGUUGGCAAUAGACAUGAAAGUACUGAGUUUAAAGAGGAAUGUCAAUAUUUGAGCAAACUUAACUGAAAAACGCUAUUCAUAGAAACAUACAUGAUCAGUAUCUUUUGCUUCCUUUAUUACUGAAGAUGCGUGUGUUCUCGCUCUCUCUCUUCCCCCCCCCCCUUCCCUCCCCACCUCCUAUUUAAUCCUGCAGUGUAGUCCUUAAAAUCCAAAUUUAUGAUCUAGUCUUUCAGGGAGAUCAUGGGGAUGGCACAAACUGAGAUCAAAAAGUAGGACAGGAUAGGCUGAGAGUCCACAACCCCUUGUUCAAAUACAAUUACAAAUCACAAGAGAUGUCUCUUUUCUGAUCAUCUCAAAACCUAGUGGGUCAAAUUUUUCUAAGAACCAGUUGCAUGUUCUCAGUGAUACAUGUGUAUGAUUGUUGAAUGUUCCUCACAGUGACCCCUAUUUUCAAAAGGCCUGUGGUAAUGUGCAGGUUGUACAGCGAGGCCCUACAAGAGCACGUCCAAGUUAUAAGUUUGCUCAGAUCUUGGGUGCAGGCACAGCAUAAGAAUUUUGCAAAGGGGCUUUGCUGUGCUGGCCUCCCUAGACCCUUGCUAUUUGGCUCUCUCAGCUGGCCUGAGAGCAGCAGGGGUGUCAUUUGGCUGCUCUUGACCCUGCCCCUAUUGGCCAGGCAAAAAUGGUUCCUGGGAGAAAUCUUUGGGACUAGCACAGUUUAGUAGUACGUGUACAAUGCUAGGUGUAUCCUCCUCCCCACUGCUCUAGUGAUUCCUUUAUGGUAGAGCCGUAAUCUGAGGCCAGUUCUCAGAAGCAGCAUGGUAUUCAUGCUGCGCAUUUAGAACUGGGUGGCCAUGCCCCUCUCAGGCUUAGUAAUUCCCUGCUGCUUCUGCCAUCCCCCUAUCUGAUGUUGAAAAUGAAUGUCCCAUGGAUGUGUGUGGGGUCAACCACGUACAACACCUGAUUUAAAACAGCACACAGGUCAUCUUGUUCUACCAUACUUUGUUAAAAUGGAUUUUCAUCUUGGUUGUUGGCCCCUUCCGUGCCAUCAGGACAAUAAUUUUCAACACCAGCUUGUGAGGGAGGAAGGAUUGUGAUACCUGCCAUGUUUGACCACUAAUGUCGGACACACCACAUGUGGAGCUGCUUAUAUAUGUGGCGUUCAUACCUCUGCAAAGAAAGAGGAAGAUCCAACAAAGAAUGAAGAGCUUUUUCGGAUGAUGAUCACCUUCUUGCUGCAACUGAGGAUUUCAGGAUCCAAAUUUUCAGUAUCUCAAUGGAAAGUGAAAGGGAGAUUGAAGAGCCCAUGAAAAGUUAACUUUCUACCUUCGUAUGCUGUAUUGAUGACUAAAAUUGUUCUUCUGUGUGUGCAGAAUGAUGGGUUUUUUAAGUUUUGUCUCUUCUUGCUGGUAGCUAAGACAAGAGGUGGUGGCCUGCAUGCGCCGUGACACAACACUGGAGACAGCACUGAACUCCAAAGCUUAUAAGCGCAGCAAGCGCCAGACUCUGAGGGAAGCUCGCAUGACAGAAAAGCUUGAGAAACAGCAGAAAAUAGAACAGGAGAGAAAACGUAGACAGAAACACCAGGUAUUUUAACCUCCGCUAUUCCAGAAUUAAUGUAUUCCUGAUACAAAGAAAUGCCAUUGAGUUACGUGUUAGACCUUGCUUUGCUUGGCCAGCUAUCACCAUUUUAUAUUUAGGGAUCCCAGAUUACAAAAAGAUGACCUACCAUAGGCCAUACAGUAGGCAAGCAGAAGAGUCCAGAAUUUGGGUGUUCGUAGUUUCAAAUCCUGUGUUCUGUCAGUUAGACUACGAUGUCUCAGUUGAUUUAUUAUUUUCUUUCUCUAGGAAUAUCUGAACAGCAUAUUGCAGCAUGCUAAAGAUUUUAAAGAAUACCACCGGUCUGUGGCUGGGAAAAUUCAGAAACUUUCUAAAGCUGUGGCAACUUGGCAUGCCAAUACUGAGCGUGAGCAGAAGAAGGAAACUGAGCGAAUUGAGAAAGAAAGAAUGAGAAGACUGAUGGCUGAAGAUGAAGAAGGCUACCGUAAGCUGAUUGACCAGAAGAAAGACAGACGUCUGGCAUACUUGCUGCAGCAGACAGAUGAGUAUGUGGCCAACCUGACUAAUCUGGUGUGGGAGCAUAAGCAAGCACAAGCCGCCAAAGAAAAGAAAAAGAGGAGGAGAAGAAAGAAGAAGGCAGAAGAGAAUGCAGAGGGAAUGGGAUCUGAUCUUGGUCCUGAUGGAGAGCCCAUUGAUGAGAGCAGUCAGAUGAGUGACCUUCCAGUCAAAGUGACUCACACUGAAACAGGCAAAGUUCUUCUUGGACCAGAAGCUCCAAAAGCAAGUCAGCUGGAUGCUUGGUUAGAAAUGAAUCCUGGCUAUGAAGUUGCUCCUAGGUCUGACAGUGAGGAGGAGAGUGACUCUGAAUAUGAGGAGGAGGAUGAUGAUGAUGAAUCAAGUAGACUAGAAGCAGAUGAGAAAAUACUUCUGGAUCCUAACAGUGAAGAGGUUUCUGAGAAGGAUGCUAAGCAGAUCAUUGAGACAGCCAAACAAGAUGUGGAUGAUGAAUACAGUAUGCAAUAUAGUGCUAGAGGGUCUCAGUCCUACUAUACAGUCGCUCAUGCAAUUGCUGAGAGGGUGGAGAAACAGUCUGCUCUUCUUAUUAAUGGAUCACUAAAACAUUAUCAGAUCCAGGGCCUGGAAUGGAUGGUUUCACUUUAUAAUAACAAUUUGAAUGGAAUUUUAGCUGAUGAAAUGGGGCUAGGAAAGACCAUACAGACUAUUGCACUCAUCACUUAUCUGAUGGAGCACAAAAGACUCAAUGGCCCCUAUCUCAUCAUUGUUCCCCUUUCGACUUUAUCCAACUGGACAUACGAAUUUGACAAAUGGGCUCCUUCUGUGGUGAAAAUUUCUUACAAGGGGACACCUGCCAUGCGUCGCUCACUUGUUCCUCAGCUUCGAAGUGGAAAAUUUAAUGUUCUUUUAACUACAUACGAAUACAUAAUAAAGGACAAACACAUUCUUGCUAAGAUUCGAUGGAAGUAUAUGAUAGUAGAUGAAGGCCAUCGAAUGAAGAACCAUCACUGCAAGCUGACUCAGGUCUUGAACACCCACUAUGUGGCCCCUAGACGGAUUCUGUUGACUGGGACACCACUGCAGAACAAGUUGCCUGAACUUUGGGCUCUCCUCAACUUCCUCCUUCCCACCAUUUUCAAGAGCUGCAGCACCUUUGAACAGUGGUUUAAUGCUCCAUUUGCCAUGACUGGAGAAAGGGUGGACUUAAACGAGGAAGAGACUAUUCUGAUCAUCAGACGUCUCCACAAAGUAUUACGACCCUUCUUGCUGAGGAGACUGAAGAAAGAGGUUGAAUCUCAACUGCCAGAAAAGGUUGAAUAUGUGAUCAAAUGCGACAUGUCAGCUCUUCAGAAGAUUCUCUACCGUCAUAUGCAAGCGAAGGGAAUCCUCCUCACAGAUGGCUCCGAGAAAGACAAGAAGGGAAAAGGUGGGGCGAAAACUCUUAUGAACACUAUCAUGCAAUUGAGAAAGAUAUGCAAUCACCCAUAUAUGUUUCAGCAUAUUGAGGAGUCCUUUGCUGAACACUUGGGCUAUUCAAGUGGUGUUAUCAAUGGAGCUGAGCUUUAUCGGGCCUCAGGGAAGUUUGAACUACUUGAUCGUAUUCUACCAAAGUUGCGAGCCACUAAUCACCGUGUGCUUCUCUUCUGUCAAAUGACAUCCCUCAUGACCAUUAUGGAAGACUAUUUUGCUUUUCGAAAUUUCCUUUACCUUCGCCUUGAUGGGACAACAAAAUCAGAGGAUCGGGCUGCUCUGCUGAAGAAGUUCAAUGAACCUGGGUCACAGUACUUUAUCUUCUUGUUGAGCACUAGGGCGGGAGGCCUGGGUCUGAAUCUUCAGGCUGCUGACACUGUCAUUAUCUUUGACAGUGACUGGAAUCCUCAUCAGGAUUUGCAGGCACAAGACAGAGCUCACCGAAUUGGUCAGCAGAAUGAGGUUCGAGUCCUGAGGCUGUGCACUGUAAACAGUGUGGAGGAGAAGAUACUUGCUGCUGCCAAGUAUAAACUGAAUGUGGAUCAGAAAGUUAUUCAGGCCGGCAUGUUCGAUCAAAAAUCUUCAAGCCAUGAACGGAGGGCUUUCCUACAGGCUAUAUUGGAACAUGAGGAAGAAAAUGAGGAAGAAGAUGAAGUUCCUGAUGACGAGACUCUGAAUCAGAUGAUUGCACGGCGUGAAGAGGAAUUUGAUCUCUUCAUGCGUAUGGACAUGGAUCGUCGCAGAGAGGAUGCCCGAAACCCCAAGCGCAAGCCUCGCUUGAUGGAGGAGGAUGAUCUGCCAUCCUGGAUUAUUAAAGACGAUGCUGAAGUGGAAAGGCUCACCUGUGAGGAAGAGGAAGAAAAAAUAUUUGGGAGGGGGUCCCGUCAGCGCAGAGAUGUGGACUACAGCGAUGCUCUCACAGAGAAACAGUGGCUCAGGGCAAUUGAAGACGGCAAUUUGGAAGAAAUGGAAGAGGAAGUCCGUCUUAAAAAACGAAAGAGACGAAGAAAUGUGGAUAAGGAUUCUGGCAAAGAAGAUGGAGAGAAGGCAAAGAAGAGGAGAGGCAGACCUCCUGCAGAAAAAUUGUCACCCAACCCACCUAAACUGACAAAACAGAUGAACGCCAUUAUCGAUACUGUGAUAAACUAUAAGGACAGUUCAGGACGGCAACUAAGUGAAGUCUUCAUUCAACUCCCAUCUAGGAAAGAAUUGCCAGAAUAUUAUGAGUUAAUUAGGAAGCCAGUGGACUUUAAAAAAAUAAAGGAAAGAAUUCGUAAUCAUAAGUACCGUAGCCUUGGUGACUUGGAAAAAGAUGUCAUGUUGCUGUGUCACAAUGCUCAGACAUUCAACUUGGAGGGAUCGCAGAUUUAUGAGGAUUCUAUUGUUCUCCAGUCAGUCUUCAAGAGUGCCCGACAGAAGAUUGCCAAAGAGGAUGAGAGCGAGGAUGAAAGCAACGACGAUGAAGAAGAUGACGAGGAAGAUGAGUCAGAGUCAGAAUCAAAAUCUGUGAAAGUGAAAAUCAAAUUGAAUAAGAAGGAUGAGAAAAGCCGGGACAAAGGAAAAGGCAAGAAGCGACAAAGCCGGGUAAAAGCCAAGCCUGUCGUGAGUGAUGAUGACAGUGAUGAAGAUCAAGAUGAAAAUGACCAGUCAGAAGCAAGUGGAAGUGACGAUGAGUGAUCCAUAGGGUUUAAUCUCUCCCCCCCCCCCCCCCCCGUCAUUUUAUUCCCAGUGAAUUCAUUUUGUCAGAUAGACAUUGGGUUGUUUCUGUAGUCUCAUCUUCUAUAAACUAGCUUUAGGAUAGUGCCAGACAAACAUAAGGAUAUUAUGGUGUAAAAAAAGGAAAAAAAUAAUUGUAACAUAUUGUGACCAAAUGGGCCUCAAAAGAUUUAAAAAAAAAAAAAAAAAAAGCUUUUGAUGGAAAAAUGUGGGUUGAUAGUAUAUUUCUAUGGGUUUGGGUUUAGCUUGGUAAUGGUUUGAUUGUGCCUGGUUUUAUCUUUUGAUGAGAUGCUUUUGAAUGGCAUCAAAAAGACGAAAAAAUGUCUUUUGUAACAUUGAUAACCAGGAGAAGCCAUGAAAAGCUGCUGGUUAUUUUAUUUUUCAUCAGGCAGUUUUCACGGUUUUUAUUUGUUCUGGUUUUUUUUUUCUACACUGUGGUACAUAUAUGCAACAUUGUUUAAAAGCUUAUAAGUGUACAGUAGUUAGCCUCCACCCCACCCUGUCCAUAUGCAUUUUUUCCACCUUAUGCUCUAUCUCCAGAAAAAAAUGCUUUUCAAAUUCUAUAAAAUUUAUGUCUACUGUAAACUUUGCUUUUCUCUCUCUCUCUCUCUCUCAAAAUUUUAAAAAAAGUUGGGUUGAAAAAUGCUAUUGAAUAUUGCAAUCUAUAUAGUGUAAUGGAUGGCUUCUUUCAUCAAACUGACCUUUUAUGUUACCAGUGUGGAUUAUCACCUUUUCCCUAAAGUGUACUUAAUCUUUGCUUUCUUUGCACAAUGUCUUUGGUUGCAAGUCAUAAGCCUGAGGCAAAUAAAAUUCCAGUAAUUUUGAA